AUGUUCGGUAAAUGUUUAUAUGAAUAUUUAAUAGAAAUUCGGUACUGUACAAAUGAUCAUAGUGGCAAUCAUUAUAAUAACGAUCUAAAUAACCAACAACAAAGAAAAGAUCAAAUUCAAUAUAAAAAAAAAAACUUGUAUGAAUUUAUUAAACCAGCACAUUAUGAUCAACAGAAAAGAAAGCCUCAACGUUCUUUACAUUCUUCUUUAAAUAAUUCUGUUCCAACAUCAUUUAUCACUUCCCCAACCUCUGACCACGAAAGGCGUGUAAUCGAAGAUCUUCCAAUAAUUAACGAUUCAUCUUUUAACAAUAUUAUUUAUAAUAAUGAUGCAUUCAAUCAUGAUAACUCCUCACAAAAUUUAGGAAAAUCUAAUUCCAAGUAUUUUAACAGCAACAACGAUAACAUGAAUUAUGAAAUUUCUCAAUCUGUUGUUAUUACUUCUUCUGCUUAUUCUAAAGUUUCUAAUCAUAGAGUUCAACAUUCUCAUGGCUCAGAUAUUACCUUUAAUAAAUCUUAUGUUAAUACACACCAUGAUCAGCAUAAAAAAAAGCCUCAACGUUCUUUACAUUCUUAUUUAAAUACUUCUGUUCCAACAUCAUUUAUCACUUCCCCAACCUCUGACCACGAAAGGCGUGUAAUAGAAGAUCUUCCAAUAAUUAAUUAUUCCAAUAAUGAUGAUAACGAUUCAUCUUUUAACAAUAUUAUUAAUCAUGAUAACUCAUCACAAAAUUUAGGAAAAUCUAGUCCCAAAUAUUUUAACAAUUACAAAGGUGACAAAAACAAAAACAAUAAUAUGAACUAUAGAAUUUCUCGAUCUGCUUCUUCUAAAGUACAUAGUCAUAGAGUUCAAUACUCUCAUAGUUCAGAUAUUACUUUUGAUAAAUCAUAUGAUAAACAACUACAACAAACAUCACAACAAAUACAGCCAAUACAAUCACCACAAUCACAACAAUCAUCACAAAAUACAAGCAGUGGUUUAUUAAAUAACAAUAAAUCUGUCUGUACAGAGGAUCUACAAAAUCAUUCUAAAGAAUUUUUUACAAAUUUAGACACUUUCUCAAAUUCUAAUACAGUUGGCCACACCAACGAAAGCAAUCAUAGUAAUAAUAAUGAUGAUGGUGAUAUUUUACUAACUAAUGAGUUAUCUAUUAGGCCGAGAAUAAGAACUUUUGUUCCCUAUAUAUUAUUUAGAGACAAUGACGUUCCUGGUUCAAAAUUCCAUUCACCAUCUUCUAACAUUUAUCAAAGUUUUUCAAAUGAUAAUUACACUCAACAAAAUAAUGAUAUAAAUGCGAAUUAUGUCAAUAAUUUUAAUUAUCAAUAUCACUCUCAAAAAGCAUCAUCAUCAUCGUCUAUAUCUGUUAAUAAUCAAGAAUUUCAAUAUCAUCAUCAACAGCAACAAAACGGAGUUUCAGGUUCGCCCGACAAUCAAAAAAUUCGGGAUGAACCAAAUAAUGAAGUAGUCGAUCAAUUAAAUGAACUUAACAUCACUAAUAAUGAUGAUAAUUCACAACUAUCUGGAACCAAUAAUAAUAAUAUUUACAAUCCAAUAUUACAACAUCAACAACAAUUACUAGGAGGAUAUAAUAGUAAACCUUAUUUUGAUACAAAUAACAAAAUGAUUGACGCAAAACGUGUCAGCUCCUCUUCUUUUCAUAUGCCCUCAUAUCACAAAAAUCAUAUAGACAGAAGACCAUCCAUUCCAGCCCCAAUAACAACAAGCAAAAGAUUUUCAAAUACAUUCAAAAAAUCUAAAAAACAACAUCCAAAGUAUCAGGAAGCAACUUUAAGUUUACAAAAUAGUCAAUACCAGUCUGCUAUUAGAUUAUACUCAGAAAUAUUGACCCAAAUUCCUAAUAGUUAUUCAUUGAAGUGUGAUAGAGCAUUCGCUUAUCUAAAUAUUGAUGAAUUUGCACUUGCACUUUGUGAUUUGGAUGAUGCAUUAGUAAUGAAACCAAAGAAAUCUCGUGCUUGGGAAAUUCGUGAAGAAGUUUUUCGUCUACAAAUUCAAUAUGAAGACGUUUUAGUUGAUCAGAAUAAAUGCCUCAGGAUCCAACCAAAUAAUACUUCACAAAUGCAUAAAUAUGAAAUGGAAUUACAAGAUUUGAGUGAUAGCGGUAGAAUUCCAACUUUAAAAGGCAACCUAAAGAAAAAAGAAUGUAUAAUUUGUGUUGAAGAACGACCUCCUAAAUCAUUUGUGAUAAUUUCAAAUAAUUGUAAUCAUAAUGCAAACAUAUGUGAUGAAUGUGUUAAUAAAUACAUUGAAGGUAAUUUAAAUGAUAAAGGUGAUAUAAAUAUCAAGUGUCCUUUUAUAGGAUGUGAUGUAAUUUUAGAUAAUUAUGAAAUAAAAAAUCUUGUUAAUGAUAAUUUAUAUCAAAGAUAUGACGAAUUAGCAUUACGUAAAGCACUCCAACAGAUGCCAGAUAUUAGAUGGUGUAAAAAUCCUAAAUGCAAAUCAGCUCAAUCUCAUAUAGGAAGUGAAUCUGAGCCAAUAUUGACAUGCAGAGAUUGUGGAACUAAAAGUUGCUUCACGCAUGAUUCAUUAUGGCAUGAAGGAUUAACUUGCCAACAAUAUGAUAAAAUCGACAAAAAUAAAAAUAAGGCUACUCAAAAAUAUUUAGCAAAGCAUACCAAACCUUGUCCCAAAUGUGGAGUUAGGAUAUCAGCAGGUUAUGCUUAUAAAUUAAUUGCUAAAAUUAAAGAGAAAGCAUUUUAUAACCUAACAAAUUUAAGUCAUAAGAAUUUGAAGUGA